AUGGGGUUCAGUUCUCUGAAAUCUAACAACCCCUUCCGCCACUCAUCCAACAAUAAUGUGGAUGACGUGGCCCCACCAGCAGGCCCGCCACCCUCCUACGCCGGCGCCGGAUCCGGAUCUGGUCCGGGACAAGGAGACUACGCACCACCCCCGGGACCCCCGCCAUCCUACGGACAACAGCAGCAGAGCAAGGACGACUACGCACCACCAGCAGGCCCGCCACCGUCCAAGCAGCACGGCCAGAAUGUAGCCCACGAUGAGUACGCCCCGCCGCCAGGCCCCCCGCCCACGCAGCAGCCACAGCCACAGCACAACUGGCAGGACGCCGUGCCCGACACGUCAGGCUUCCCGCCGCCGCCGGACAUCUUCUCAGGCUGGGACAAGUCGCCAGCCACCAACGCGACGUCAGACCAGGCCGAGGCGGGCGAGGACUGGUGCAGGCGCUACACGCUGUCGGCGCCGCUGAACCUGGACCGCGAGCCCGGGCUGCGGGCGCCGGGGAUCGUGCCGCGGCUGGUGACGCCGCCGGCGGGCGUGUUCGGCGGCGGCAGCCUGACGCAGUCGCCGGGGACGGGCAGCUGGGCGGUCAAGACCGACCGGCGCAGCGGCGACUGCUGCAUCAUCGGGUACCCGCACGCGUACCUCGUGCAGCGCGACAGCCCGCUCGCCACGGGGCGGCCGGCGACGGUGUACUUUGAGUGCUACGUGCGCGAGAUGGGCAAGGACGCCGGGUUCGCGGUGGGCUUCACGGCGCUGCCUUACCCGCCUUUCAGGAUGCCGGGUUGGCACCGCGGGAGUCUGGCUGUGCAUGGCGAUGAUGGGCACAAGUUUGUCAAUGACCGUUGGGGAGGAAAGGACUUCACGGCGCCGUUCAAGAAGGGCGAGGUCGUGGGCAUCGGAAUGACUUUCUCCCCUGGCGCGGGGGCUUCGUCGUCCUCGGGCAAGGGUAAGGGAAGUGGGGGAGCAGCAGGAGGGGCGGGGGCUGUCAUCGAGACGGAAGUCUUCUUCACGAGGAACGGGAGGAUCGAUGGGCGCUGGAACCUGCACGAGUCCCUCGACGCGGAGACGGAUCAGCCUGUCACCGGCCUAGAAGGGUAUCACGACCUGACGGUCGCGGUUGGGACGUUCGGGCAGGUGGGGGCUGAGGUGGUGUUGGAUCCGAGGGGAUGGAGAUACAAGCCUUACUAG